UUUGAUCAAGUUUCAACAUAAUGGACACAGGCCUUUAGAUCUAAAAAUGUAAACCGGUCAGACGCAAGUGCUUGCUGAACGCUCAGUGAGCAGUGGUGUUUUCUGAACGUAGCCAACUUCUCGCCAGUUUCUAGGGAAAUACUUGCGAUCCACUCCGACAGAGGUAAUUUUACGAACGUCACUUUUGGCGCCAUUUGGAGUAUGUGUGUAUGUCACGCACAUACAUUCCAUUUGACGCUGGUAACGCACGUGAAAAAAAAGGAAAAAAAAGAAAGCAUCGUUCGUCCUUUUAAUAUUUGCUAAACAAGAGUAAACUGAUUCUAACAACCUUACAAGCACUACGAAAGAAAUUGAACGUACCCUUAACCGCCUAACCUGGCGAAGAUGAUCGUGCCGAUCAAAAGAGACGGAGACGUAAAGACUUGGGCGAUCAUAGAUCUUCAGGGCGAUCUAAAGUUCGAAAAAGUCGAUUCGAAUCCAGAUAAUCAAUUACUCGGCGAUCUUCACUUCACGAAAGCUGGAGUGCCAAUUUUAAUUAUCGGUAUUCACGUAUUGCACGGGAAGGAAAUAACACUUGACCGGCCGCUGAUUGUACUGGAGAGGCGUCGUGAUGCAGGAAAUGAAAUGAUCGAGGAAGAAGCCACGGUAAAGACGGAGUACUUGAUUAAAGCUAUAGUGAAGAGGAAACUCGUGUUCAAGUCACGGCCGAAGCCUAUAGUCACCAACGUACCGAAACCGUGUUAACCUGGACUCGCAGUGAACCUUCACGUUCGCAAACAGCUACAUAAAAUGAUCUCGUUUUAUUAGUUGAAUUAAGUUAAUGCUUAAGAAUACAAAAUGGUAAUAUAC